AUGUGCCCACCCUAUUUCGUUUCAGGCCUUGUGAGCCUGGUAGAUUUACAACUAGUAAGGUGUGAUUCGGCCGGGAUUACGGCCAGUGCCUUGGCGAUUGGUGGCCCACCCAGACCCUCGCUCCGGCCAGCCGUCGGCUCUACUCGGUUCCUGUGCGGGGGUUCGGCAUCUCGUUCGAGACUGUACAGGCCCAAUCCGGACUCUGUCUCGAUGCGUGUCGUUUGCGCUUGCCUAUACCAGACGGCUUCGAGGCCUCGGUACCUUCGGCCAUCCAUCGGUCGUGGCCGAUUGAGUAGCGAGCGGCUGGGCCAGCCAAACUUGCAGGCCUGGCCCCAAUUGUCUCGACUAAAUUGA